AUGCAUUUAGGCUGCCAUAUCACUAUCUUUGCUCGUCGACAACAAAAGCUUGAUGAGGCAAAGUCAGAAGUCCUUGCAGCGAGACGACAUGAGAAGCAAGAAGUAAAAACACAGUCCUUGGACCUGACUGACGCAACUGCGAUUUCAGAGACAUUCAAGGCGCAACCUCGUCUACCUGAUAUCUUGUAUUGCGUAGCGGGCGGGACUACGAAUGAGCUAGGCUUUUUGGUCGAUCUGAGUCCCGACACUAUUUCACGAUGCAUGACCAAUAACUAUCUCACGAGUGCAUAUCCAGCUCAGGCAAUUUUGAAACUGUGGACUGAGGAUGAUAAAAGCUUUCAACCUCCGUCGGGUCGAAAAAGUCGUCCCAAAACUCGACAACUGGUUUUCGUGAGCAGUGCAGCUGCUUUUAUCGCUCUUCCAGGUUAUACAGUGUACACGCCUGCGAAAUGUGCUGUCCGAGCCCUCGCCGAUGGUCUGCGGACUGAGUUGAUGCGAUACUCAGGUCCAGCAUCGCAAUACUCUGUGCAUAUUGCUUUCCCCUCGAAUUUCAUUUCUCCUUCAUUUGUCGAUGAGCAGAAAACAAAGCCCCAGCUCACAAAGGAACUUGAAGGGACGACGGCGCCGCUAUCUGAGCUGUCGGGAAAAAUCCACUCCGCGAAAGAUGUCGCCGAUGCAAUCAUAGCGGCAGUCGAUAAGAAAGAUUUCAUUAUUUGUAGCGAGUUAGAAGCAGCCUUGCUUUUUGGUGCCAUGAAUGGCAUUGUACCCAGACGAGGGUUUGGCGUUAUGGACUCAUUGAUUGCCAUGGUUCAAGUUAUUGUUGGACCUCUUGUCAGACGGUGGCUAGAUUAUAAGUGUUCCAGCGACUCUGCAUUAUCGGAAACACGCGCGCGAUAG